CCGCCCGCGCUCCGGCGCUGCCGCCGCGGGACGGCCGGAGGGACAGCCCGAGGGACAGCCAGACGGACAGCCGGACGGACAGCCGGACGGACAGCCGGACAGCGCCGGGGUCGCGGCCGCGCCGCCUGCCGCCCGUGCCCGGGCGAUGGUGCCGGCGCCCGGGAGCGCCCUGCUCGCCGCGCUGCUCGCCGCCGGGCUGGCCGCGGGCAGCUGGAGAGCUCGUGGGCAGCUGGGGGCCGUGAGCCAGCCUGGGGUGUGUCGCUACGGCUCCAGGUUGGAUUGCUGUCCUGGCUGGAGAAAGAACAAGGGCCACUGCGAAGCUACCUGUGGACAUGGUUGCAAGUAUGGCGAGUGCAUGGGACCAAACAAAUGCAAAUGUUUCCCUGGAUUUACAGGGAAAACCUGUAAUCAAGAUCUGAAUGAAUGUGGACUGAAGCCACGUCCCUGCGAGCACAGAUGCAUGAACACACAUGGCAGCUACAAGUGCUAUUGUCUCAACGGGUACACGCUCAUGCCAGAUGGCACAUGUGCAAGUUCUAGGACAUGUGCCAUGGUGAAUUGCCAAUAUGGAUGUGAAGAAGUCAAAGGGCAGGUGCAGUGUCUCUGUCCAUCAGGUGGCCUUCAGCUGGGACCAAAUGGAAGGACAUGCAUUGACAUUGAUGAAUGCUCCACUGGCAAAGCUGUCUGCUCGUACAACCGCAGGUGUGUCAACACAUUUGGAAGCUUCUACUGCAAGUGCCAGCUGGGAUAUGAACUGAAAUACACCAGUGGCAGGUACAGCUGUGCAGAUGUAAAUGAAUGUGUGACAAACACACACAGGUGCAACCUCCAUGCAGAGUGCCUCAACACCCCAGGAUCCUUCCAGUGCAAGUGUAAGCAGGGCUACCGAGGCAGUGGGUUUGAUUGUGCUGUUAUCCCUGAAAAGUCAGUGAAGGAAAUUGCAAGAAGCCCUGGAACAGCUAAGGACACAAUUAAGAAACUUCUUGCACAAAAAAGCAGUGUGAAAAAGCAUAAAACAAUUAAGAAUGCAAUCCCAGAAGCAGCUGUAACCCCACCUUCUAAGACCCACGUGCAGUUGCUGGACUAUGAAGGUGGUAUUGAUCUUGGUGGGAGCUACAGUGAGGAAGAAACUGCAGCUGCUGCAGAAGAGGAGGCUGAAGAGUCAGAUGAAGAGGAGAAGGACGAUUUUGAAAAUCAAAUUGAUGAGCGAAGCCUUAGAGGGGAUGUCUUUUCUCCCAAGGUAAAAGAAGCAGCUGCCUUUGGCCCUCACCUGGCACAGAGGACAAUUCCAGUGUCGAGACCAGAGCAAGAAGUUGAUUGCAGCUUCAGUCGAGGGGUUUGUGACUGGAAACAAGAUGCUGAUGAUGACUUUGACUGGAAUCCUGCUGAUCGAGACAGAGGUGAUGGCUACUACAUGGCCGUUCCAGCUUUUGUGGGGCACAAGAAUGAUAUGGGGCGUUUAAAACUUCUCCUCACUGACCUCAAACCAAAGAGCAGCUACUGCCUGAUUUUCAGUUACCGGCUUGCUGGUGAGAAAGUGGGAAAGCUUCGAGUGUUCUUGGCAAACAAAAAAUCUGCUCCUGUCUGGGAAGAGAACAAAGAAAAAGAUGAAAAGUGGAGAACUGGAAAAAUAGAGAUAUUUCAGGGGGCUGAAACAACCAACAGUGUCACUUUUGAAUCAGAGCGUGGGAAGGGUAAAACUGGAGAAAUUGGAGUGGACAAUGUGAUACUAAUUUCUGGUCCGUGCCCAGAAGAUACCUGAUAAUGGACAUUUAAGUAUACCAGAUUUAAUCCUAUUUUUCACAUUUUAUUAGUAGUGUAUUUUUUGUAUUCUUUUUUAAAUUAAAAAACAAAACCAAAACAAACCUAUAUAAUUGUGCCUUGAAUCUAAUGCAACAAUGCAAACAGAAAAACUGAUGUGCAAGAUGCAAAUUACACUUUUUUGUGAGUACUUCUAAUUUUGAUACAUGAGUUGAGUGUAAUACUACUGUAUUUUAUAAUUCGAGGUCAGGGUUUCUGAAGUGUUAUUGGUCAAGCUUUUUUACAAUUCUACAUGCUUUUAUUUCUUAAAAAUCUUCUUGAGGCUCUUCAUUAGUCUUCUAUUUCUUUUACUCUACUGCAUGAGAACAUAAAGCAGUGUUUAAGACAAUGUUACUACUUCUGGUGACAUAAUUAAAUUCUUAGUGGGUAUGUUGUUCUAAAAAAUCAGUGUGCAUCACCCUGUGUGCAGUAAGGCAAUCACACACAGAGCCAAGGUGUUUGUUUAUUUAAAUACUUGUGCAAAGAUGGGUGCUAAGUAAAUCCACAAAGCCAGCACACCAAGCAGAAAUGAUGACCACUAUUUAUAUGUUGUUAAUCUUGAUAUAUUCCACUUAUCUAUUAUAUAUUCAGUGUUUAAUACUCCACUAUUGCUGAGUUGUGCUGAGCUGGCUUCUUAUCUUGGGCAGCCUUGUGGCCUUCAGUGUUUACUGUUGUAUUAUUGCUGAGCUGUGCUGAGCUGGCUUUCUUAAUUUCUUCUUAUCUUGGAUGUCCUGCAGUAGCACACCCUUCCUCCCAAAUUUUGUUACCCCUCUGGGUCUGUGAUAUUUGAAGCAUGUCAACCUCUAAACUUUAAUAAAGUAAUUCUAUUGACAAAUAAUUUAUCUUAGGCAUGAGGUAAAUAUUCAAUUUAUUGAAGAAGAAGGAAGAAAGUGACAACAUUCAUUUCCUUUCUGAUGCAGCUAAGAAAGUUAUAAGUGGAUUCAUGUCUUUGAGAAAUAUUUUCAUUACCAAUAAAGUAUGUAAAAUAC